UUUAUAACAAGCUCCUCUAGUGGGAACUACCUUAACCCGCAUGUUCGCGAUACACCCAUAAAGCCUCCCAAGUCAAGAAGCGCGACACUCCUGACCUCAAAGCUACUGCGUUCAAGGAAGUUACAGAUCUUGUCACUAUGUGUAAACACGUUCUCAACGCCCAGGUCUCCGUCAGGUCACCAUGCUGCAAGAAGUGGUUUGACUGCGCCGAGUGCCAUGCAGAGCAAGAAAGCCACCCACUCCUCCAGCGGUUCGAGAUGAUCUUUGCCUGCAAGAAGUGCAAGAAGUGUUUCCGCAAGGACGCCCAGGAGUUCGAGGAGGCCGACGAAUUCUGCCCGCAUUGUGAUAACCACUUCGUCAUCGACGCCCUCACACCAAAGGCGGCGAUCUCGGUCGAAGGGGGUGAUGCAAGGGUGGACAACAGGAUGCUCAAGGAUGACAGAGUCAAGGGUCAAGAGAUGAGGACAAUAUUCGAUCCAGAAUCCGAGGCAGAUAAGCUUGGUUGACGGAAAUACCAUAAUGGAAAAACAGUUCUAUCCCCGCCAGAUACCAAAUCAAGGACUGUGAAUAUGGGUCAGAGGGGGCGGCCGCGCAAAAUCUAGGUGUUCGGCUGCCACAGAGCCCACCGAAAAGGGAUUCGCCCGAUACUAUUACUGUACACUGGUGGUGGCGGUCUACCUAGGGACGAGAGCGCGAUACCCGGGCAUGGCUGAAUUACCCUCUCUUAGUGGUCUCCGGCCUCGUCCUGGCUCCUAGUUGGCAGGGAUGUGCUUCCGGAACCGGUGGUUCGGCCAGUCUUCUUCUUCGCAGCCUCCUCUUGCUUUUCCUGCUCAAUGUUCUUGACGUGGUUCUCAAUGUCCUCGACCGGUAGCAUCUCGAUCGUCUUCCCCGGAGCCAUGAUGG